GGCAACUAAGGGACAACAACGUGGGCGCGGCACUCUCGCGCCUCCUCAAGCGCUGACGCAGGAGAGAAGGCGUGCGCAGGCACGUCAGUCACUUCCGGUGGACUCGGCUUCCUGUUUCCGGUUCAGACGCCAUCAAGACGUUGGCGCGGCAAGCUGUCGCUCUGUUGCCGAUCACUAUGAGGCGCCCGCUGAGAGAACGUGCCCAGCCAACAAGCGGCACGACCCGUAAGAGGAAGCUCCGGAGCGUGGAGGCCGAGGAGGAUGAGAGCCUCGUCACCGACCUGGGCGAGCUGCUGUGCGCUGACGGGGAGGCUGCGGCCUGGUGGACGGAAGACGUCGAGCGGCCCGCCGACAGCUCCUUAGCCGACCUCCUGCAACAGCUGGCCGCCUGCGAGGAAGCCCCCGAAGCCGAACUCCGCCGCCAUGAUCCCGCCGAGGCCGUACGCUCCUCCGCCCCCCCGGACACGUUGGCGGCCUCCGACCGCAGGGGGGCGCCCCGGGGCGACAACAGGAACGCGCUGGCCGCGCGCCUCAACCGCCUGCGCAAGAAGGAGUACGUGAGCGGCCUGGAGGGGAAGGUGGCGCGCCUGUCCGAGGACAACCAGCGGCUGGAGCGGGACAACCGGGGCCUGGAGGAGAGAGUGCGCCACCUGGAGGAGGAGACCCGCUACCUCAGGGCCGUGCUGGCCAAUGACAGCGCUCUGUCGCAGCUUCUGGGCCGCCUGACCGGGCUGGGCGGGGUCAAGCUGUCCACGUCACUCUUCGGCGACCAGAAGAGGAAGAAGGCGGCGCGCGAGCACGACUACGCUCUGCCCGCGGAGGAGAGGGCGACCCCUGUCGGUGGAGGAGUGUGCCUGCACGUGGACAAGGAGAAGGUGUCGGUGGAGUUCUGUCCUGCGUGUUCCAGGAGUGCGGCUGACAAUGUAGGGUCAAGUAUCUGAUCUUGUGUGUGCUGGACAUCGGAAGAGAAGACUCCCCACUCCAUAGGCAUGUUGUGGGUGUAAGGCAGCCAUCUCCAGAACCUCCAGAAAGAGAGAGAUGAGUGUAGGCUGUGGGGGGAAAUGCAUUGACACCUACGCAUUGUUUAUUUGCCGCAGUCUGCACAUCCCGCUGUCAGUGUUUACUAAGCGCUGUUUGCAGCAUUCCUAACAUUCUCUAAGGAUUGCAACUAUAGGCCGCUACAGCCUGCGACUCCUUCCAGUGUAGGUGAUAUGCAGCAAGAUCCUAAGACGCCCCAUCAGUAUAGGUCACUGGAGAGCCUGAGCCCUGACCGAUGGCAGCACUUCAAGCAAAGGGGGUCAGACAGUUGCCUUCCUGUUUUUCCUUGCACCUAGGCAAUCCAUGGCUCUUUAUAUAACUUGGGACGCUGGGAGUCCGGCGUGUUUUGUACCUUCCGCUAUAGACCUGUUCUGUAAUGGUCUGACUUGCGUGUCAGUUGCAGCAAUGCGCCCCUGUAUUUUAUUUUUUCAAAAUGAGUUUUAUGUUGGGUUUUGGGAAGGAAUGUGUAAAGGGCAACCUCCCCUUUAAAGCUCAGUGGAACGUUCAGUUAACUUAAUUCCAGGUGCAGAUGAGAACAAGGUGUGCGUUGUCUUAAGCCUGGUAUACGCUAUUAGUAAAAAAAACGGAUAACUCUGGUCGGAGCCACUGUACUAAACACUUCCCCCCCCCCCCCGAGCUGUUGUGUUCUGACAGGGGAGUGCCCUGCCCAUAACCCUCCUGUCAGCGCUCUCAACCAUUGGCUGAGAGGACUGACCUGCUGCUGGUUUUCCAGCACUCAUGUCUGACAGAAGCUGGCCAAUAGUCUGGCUUCUGUCAGACGUGCUGACAGACACACAGGCUGAAAAUCGGCCAAUGUUCGCCUCAUGUGUACUAGGCAUUUAGUUUAUUUUCAUUCUAAAGCAGCCACAACCUGAGUAGAAAAGCCUGUCCUCCUGCCAACAUGCUAUACAGAGAAGGUUCCAUUGCUCUAUGUGGUAGCAGCGAUCUCUCUGCAGUAAGGAUGAGCUCCGG